AGCGGAGGGCGCGGCAGUGCCGAGGGAGCCCCGCCGCGGGGGCCGCGACCCGCUUCGCCGGGGAUGCUGCGCUGGGUCCGGCAGCAGCUGGGUUUUGACCCACCUCAUCAAAGCGAUACAAGAACUAUUUAUAUAGCAAAUCGUUUUCCCCAGCAUGGCCAUUAUGUUCCUCAGAAGUUUGCAGACAACAGAAUCAUAUCAUCCAAGUAUACAGUGUGGAAUUUUGUUCCAAAAAACUUAUUUGAGCAGUUCCGAAGAGUAGCCAACUUUUAUUUUCUCAUUAUAUUUUUGGUUCAGCUCAUGAUAGAUACCCCUACCAGUCCUAUUACCAGUGGAUUGCCAUUGUUCUUUGUCAUAACUGUGACAGCCAUAAAACAGGGUUAUGAAGAUUGGCUACGACAUAAAGCAGACAAUGAAGUCAACGGUGCUCCAGUUUAUGUUGUUCGAAGUGGUGGCCUUGUGAAAACUAGAUCUAAAAACAUUCGGGUGGGGGACAUUGUCAGAGUAGCCAAAGAUGAGACUUUUCCUGUUGACCUGGUGCUUCUGUCGUCUGAUCGAGUGGACGGUUCAUGCCAUGUCACCACUGCAAGUCUGGAUGGAGAGACCAAUCUUAAGACACACGUUGCGGUCCCAGAAACAGCAGUGUUGCAGUCUGUUGCCAACCUGGACAAACUGGUAGCUGUUAUAGAAUGUCAGCAGCCAGAAGCAGAUCUGUACAGAUUUGUUGGAAGAAUAACUGUAAGUCAACAAGCUGAAGAAAUAGUACGACCUCUUGGGCCUGAAAGUCUCUUACUUCGUGGAGCAAGAUUAAAAAACACUAAAGAAAUAUUUGGUGUUGCAGUGUAUACAGGUAUGGAGACAAAGAUGGCAUUAAAUUACAAGAGUAAAUCUCAGAAACGGUCAGCAGUAGAAAAGUCCAUGAAUUCCUUUUUGAUUAUUUAUCUAAUAAUCCUCCUCUUUGAAGCCAUUCUGAGCACUAUUUUAAAGUAUGCAUGGCAAGCUGAAGAGAAAUGGGAUGAGCCCUGGUACAAUGAAAAAACAGAGCAUGAAAGAAAUAGCAGUAAGAUCCUGAGAUUUAUUUCGGAUUUUCUGGCCUUUCUGGUACUUUACAAUUUCAUUAUACCUAUUUCACUCUAUGUGACUGUCGAGAUGCAAAAAUUUCUUGGAUCUUUUUUUAUUGGCUGGGAUCUUGACCUCUAUCAUGAAGAAACAAACCAGAGAGCGCAAGUAAAUACUUCAGACCUCAAUGAGGAAUUGGGACAGGUAGAGUAUGUGUUUACAGACAAAACUGGUACAUUAACUGAAAAUGAGAUGCAGUUUCGGGAGUGCUCCAUUAAUGGCAUAAAGUACCAAGAAGUCAAUGGUAAACUAACUCCAGAGGGAUUUUCUGAAGAUUCUCCAGAUGGAAAUAGGCAUGGUUUGGUGAAAGAGGAAGAACUGUUCUUGAAGGCAGUUUGUCUUUGUCAUACAGUGCAGAUCAAUGCAGAUCAGACAGAUGGUGCUGACGGUCCCUGGCAUGCCAAUGGAAUAACGUCCCCAUUGGAGUAUUAUGCUUCUUCACCAGAUGAGAAAGCUUUAGUUGAAGCUGCAAGCCGGGUUGGAGUAGUAUUUACUGGAAUUAGUGGAGACAGUAUGGAAGUAAAAAGCCUUGGAAAACCAGAGAGGUACAAAUUGCUUCAUGUGUUGGAGUUUGAUCCAAAUCGCAGACGAAUGAGUGUCAUUGUGGAGAGUCCCUCAGGGGAAAAGCUUUUAUUCACAAAAGGAGCAGAAUCUUCCAUUCUUCCUCGUAGUAAGAGUGGAGAAAUAGACAAAACAAGGAUACAUGUGGAUGAAUUUGCUUUGAAAGGACUAAGAACUUUGUGCGUAGCCUACAGAAGAUUCACACCUGAGGAGUAUCAAGAAAUUGGCAAACGCCUUCAUGAGGCCAGGACUGCCUUACAACAACGGGAGGAAAGAUUAGCAGAUGUGUUCAACUUCAUAGAAAGGGAUCUGGAAUUACUUGGGGCUACGGGAGUAGAAGACAAACUGCAGGAGAAAGUCCAAGAAACUAUAGAAGCCCUCAGGUUGGCUGGUAUCAAAGUGUGGGUGCUCACUGGAGACAAGCACGAGACAGCUGUUAGUGUCAGUUUGUCCUGUGGACACUUCCACAGAACCAUGAACAUCCUUGAACUUGUGCAGCACAAGUCAGACAGUACCUGUGCAGAACAACUGAGGCAGCUUGCCAAGAGAAUAAAGGAAGACCAUGUUAUCCAACAUGGACUGGUUGUGGAUGGGACCAGCCUCUCUCUUGCACUCAGGGAACAUGAAAAACUGUUCAUGGAAGUUUGCAAAAACUGUUCUGCAGUGUUGUGCUGUCGUAUGGCACCCCUUCAGAAAGCAAAGGUAGUGCGACUGUUAAAAACAUCUCCAGAGAAACCCAUAACAUUAGCAAUCGGUGAUGGUGCUAAUGAUGUGAGCAUGAUACAAGAAGCACAUGUUGGCAUAGGAAUCAUGGGCAAGGAAGGAAGGCAAGCUGUAAGGAACAGUGACUAUGCAAUAGCUCGGUUUAAAUUCCUCUCCAAGUUGCUUUUUGUUCAUGGGCACUUUUACUAUAUUAGAAUAGCAACCCUUGUACAGUACUUUUUUUAUAAGAAUGUGUGCUUUAUUACACCACAAUUUUUAUAUCAGUUCUUCUGUUUGUUUUCACAACAAACACUCUAUGACAGUGUAUACCUGACUUUGUACAAUAUUUGUUUCACUUCCCUGCCUGUCCUCAUAUACAGUCUUUUUGAGCAGCAUGUGCAUCCGCAUGUAUUGCAGAGUAAACCCGUGCUCUACAGAGACAUCAGUAAAAAUGCCCAUCUGGGGUUUAAACCAUUUCUUUACUGGACCAUCUUGGGCUUCUUUCAUGCAUUUGUUUUCUUUUAUGGCUCGUAUCUUCUAAUGGGAGAAGACACUUCUCUGCUGGGAAAUGGCCAGAUGUUUGGAAACUGGACAUUUGGUACCUUGGUCUUCACCGUUAUGGUUAUAACUGUCACAAUGAAGAUGGCACUAGAAACUCACUUCUGGACAUGGAUAAACCAUUUUGUUACUUGGGGAUCCAUUGUAUUUUAUUUCAUAUUCUCCUUGUUUUAUGGGGGAAUUAUCUGGCCAUUUUUACAUACCCAGGACAUGUACUUUGUAUUUGUUCAGCUGUUGUCAAGUGGUUCUGCUUGGUUUGCCAUAAUCCUCAUAGUAGUUGCUUGUUUGUUUAUUGAUGUUGUGAAGAAAGUGCUGUACAGACAUCUGCAACCAACAAGUACUGAAAAAGCUCAGCUUACUGAGGCAGGUUCAGGUAUCAACUGCUUGGACUCCAUGUGCUGCUUCUCAGAUGGGGAAACAGCAUGCACAUCUGUUAGAAGAAUGUUGGAACGACUAAUGGGAAGAUGUAGCCCAACCCGGGUCAACAGGUGUGGCAUUUCUCUCAAUAGCCUUUGCUGCAGACGAUUCUCCUAUAAACUGGAACCCGAUGAGCCUGCAGCAAUAGAUGUCUAGAAAUCAGCUGCAGGUUUUGCUUACCUAAGUAGGAGAUGCAACUCUUUAUUGUACUUCUUUUCAUCCUAAAAGAUUAGUUUCUUGUUUCUUUUUGAGUGGUUUCUUUUAGGAUGGGGAGGGGAAAAACAGUUUUCAAAAGAUUUCUGUUAAAGUGUUUAGUUUGGCUUUACUACAAGUUCUUGUGUUGUAUCUAUCGUAAUUUCUCUUGAUUUGUACAUUCUUCUCUUUAGAAAAUCAAGCCUUGCUGCUGUUUUUGUUCUCCUUUUUAUGAUUUUUUUUUUUUUGCCUUCACGAAUCAGGAGUUGUUUAUGAAGUCGAAAGACUUUUCCCUUUGGUUCUGGAUGUACAACCUCCAAAUAUUUACCUUGGAGCUUGAAUUACUCCCGAAGAUAUACAAAAGGCUCACACUCCCCCCCUUAAAUAUAACUUCAUUGUUAGAAGGAGAGUCUUUAAAUCUUUCAGCCAUUGAUUGAUAUGAAGAUGAAAUAUUUUUGUAGUAUAACUUUUAUAAGCUAUUUCUAAAAUCAGAGUAAUUGACAGAACAGAGUCUUCAGGUUCUAAGAAUUUUAAAUGUUUUUUCGGUUCUAGAAGGUAUAUUGUCAAAAUCAUGUGUGCCAUUCCAAAGUAUGUGCUAAAUAAAUCUUUCCUCCACAAACCAUGUGUGAAACAAACAUCAGUGGGAUAAAAGCACGUUAGAGUAAUGGAACAUGUCUAAAGAGCAAUACUGCUCUUAUGGUCAGAGGAGCUCUCACUGAAUCCCCUAAUGUGCCAUCUCCCCAUGUCCAAAUAGAGGGAUAGUGAACAAACAUGGAAAUAUUUGGGGGUAGAAGUCAAAAUAGUCUUUUGUACAUCGUAAUCUCUCAGUCUCUGAAUGAUAUCAUGGUCCUUCACUGGUCAAAAGGCAAACCUGAAAACAUUGAGCUUCACACAUUUUCAAGGAAACUCAUUUUGUAUUUGGACAACUUUGUCUCUUUCUGUUAAAGGUUGUGAUAUCAUUCACUGGGUAUCAAGUCUGGUGUGGGUAAUUUCCACUGACAGCUUUGUCAGCUCUGAUUCUGCCUUUAGGUAUUGCCUGGUCUGUAGCUCAUCUCUGUUGGAACUCUUGUGUUGAACACUGUGUCUGUGGUUUCAGUCAGUCUCUCUCUUCUGGCUUGCUUAUGAAAUUUAUUCAGUGUUUCUACAAACCUAGGUUAUGAAUAUGCAAAAUGUUUCAUUCCAUAUGAAAUAUGAACUGUUAUGACUAAGUACAUUUUUAAUUCAAACUUGCUGUAUAGAAAGCGGGCAUGAUGUGUAAAAUAAACAAUUUAAUAGAAUUUUUAAUCUACAAGGUGAGCAUUUAAUUGGUCUAAAAAUCAACAUUUUGGUAGCAGUUGCUCUAAGUUUUUUGAUGUUUUUUUCCACUUCUCUGUAAAACUCUGCUUUCCAAAUGAGGAAUUUCUCAUGCUACUUCUUUUCCAUUUAUUGUUAUCUAAUUAAGGUUUUUGUUAACAAUUGCCUUAGUAACCUGUAGUCUUAUAAGGUAGGUAUUCUGUGUUUUAUUUAAUGCAUUCACAGUUUUACGAUUUUCUCUUUUGUUCCACUUAAAUUUUCUUUCCUUGAGAACUUACAAAUACUUAUUGAAGAUAACUCAUAUUUGACAGAAUAUUAAACAAUCUUUGAAGACUGCUUUUUCUCAGGUUUCUUGUCUGCUUACCUCAUGUAAUUUUCAGAUGAAGUUCCAUCAAGCCAAAUAAUUGUAGAGUUCUUAGAACACAGACAAUAGGAUUACGUUUAAUGAAUAUGCAAAACUAUCUUGGUGCUACACUAAGGGCUUGCAGUUCUAUGGUUUUUGCUGCUGCCUCUGGUUGAAAUUGCUCUGAACAAUCUUCUAGUUUCACUUAAAUUUAUGUACAGUACAACGAGAUAAGAGAUUUUUUUUUUUUUUUUAAGUGUGUCAUACUUGCUGUCUUCAGUGACUUCAGCUCCUUCUACUCAGCAUUGACACUUAAAACCAAGGCUAAAAGUAAUUUUUUUCUUUUACACUUUCCUGGUAAUAUAAGAAAGUCUUUGUUCAUUUUUUAACGUCUUAAUUGCUUGAAUCACACGAAGCAGUUACAAGUCGUGAAAUGCUGAAGGUACAGUUAAGAAAUCUCUUGAGUGAUUUUUUAAAGUGCUUGUAAAACUGUUUAGGCUUUGUUCACGAGCUUGAGCUGCUGUAUUUUGUAUCUAAAUCUUCAGAAAAUUGUGCAGUCCCCAACAGGUUGGUCUCUUGAGCACUUGUGCUGUAUAAAGCAGCAAAUUAUUCAACCAGGAGGUAGCUGCACAUUAUUUUUGUUGAAUGAAGUGAUGCUGAGAAAUACGUUGUCUGUGCAAGUGCUGUAGAAUGAAGAGCACUUCUUUAAAUAAUGUUGCUGUAGCAGCUUGUGUUGUAUUCUGUGUUCCUGAUAUUCUGUCAAAUAUGAGAACUGAACAGGAAAUCCAACAUGGUAUCAAAUUUUGAUAGAAGCUUUGAUGAAUCAAAGUUGUACAAAUGCUUGGAGUAGUUGGGCCACAGGAGUAUAGUUCUCUUGUGUUUAUUUUACUGCUUGUAAAAUGUAUUUGAGAAGUAUUUUCUAUAGCUCCAUUCACCAGUUAGGCUAUAAAAUGUGUGGUGUGGUAUGUUAAAAAAUGCAUUUUUGUCUGUCUGUUCCAUUAAAUUGUCUGUCAGCUUGUCAGUCACUCAGAUA